AUGUUGAAAUUUUUGGCACUGGCUGUGAUGCAGGGAUUGUGGUACCACGCCGACACCGCGAAAAAUUUCGAUGCAACGCCCGCGACGCUAGCCAGUCAACUAAACCAGACGACGCUGACGGAUGCAUUUCAAGAUCAGGGUGAAACGACGACUCACUCACUGUGUUUACACGAUGAACUAUCCGAUCGGGACAACACUGGCAGGAGCUUAGUUUGUAACCAACCAGCAGCCAGGAUGAAUCUCGAGCUAAAACUCAGAAAAGAUCUGAUGGACUACAUCUGUUCUGUAACUGGCUCAGGAAACAAAGAGCCACCGUCUAGAUCCAAAGAACGCAACCGAACAAAAACUAGUGAACAAAGAUCGAGCAAAUCUAAAGUGAAGUCCAAGAAAACUGUGAGAUUUAACUUGCCUGAUAGCAAAUCGUCCCGUAAUGAAGCAGUACCCAAACCAGUGCCGAUACCAGUACCCAAACCAAUUGUGGAUUUCAACAAUCCCGAAACCCUCAACAUUAAACGAAAGGACAGUAUUAUUGCCAAAAUGCCAAACAUCAAAUGGAACUUCGAUAAGGGUGAACCCGAACCGGAGACUGAAAAGCCAGCCUGGCUCGAACCUUUCAACUGCAACGGACGUUUCAAGGCACGGUUUGAUCUACUGCCCAUGGAGUUGAUUCUGGUGAUAUUCAAACAAAUUACUGUGAGUGAUCGUCUGGCCGCAGGUGGCACCUGUCGUCGUUGGAUGGAAGCGUCGCACUUCUACGAACCGUUCCUGAACCAAACCUACUACCAUUUCGACAGGAUAGAGUUCGGUGAUCAGGUCGGUCCUUUCAAGUACUUCAGCCAGGGCUUUCGAUGCUAUCCGCGAUUGAUUUUUACUCAGGUGGAAUUUAACAAGCACAGUGAUUUCUGGGAUAUCCAUGGUUUAUGGAUAACCGAGCUUACCCUGCGCUCGUGCAAAAUCAAAAAGAAGAAAUUUAUCUCGAUCAUGAGAAAUCUUCUGAACCUUCGCCGACUUGAGCUAAUGUGCUGUGAUGAAUUGUUCAAAUCCUGGUCCUUAGAGUACAACACAGAGGAACCGAUGUUUCCAUUUUUCUUAUUCUGCCUGCGGCAUCUGUCGCUCGCUGGUUGCGAUUAUUUCAAUGAAUAUCACUUGGAGCGAUUCACCACGAUGGCACCGAAUCUUCGGUCCAUCGACGUUUCCAAUUGCUUCAUCAACCUGUACCUAUCCAAACGAAUCACCAUGCUCGAUCGAGUAAUGAAACUGAUCAACCGAAACCGGUACCUAAUGAAGGCAGUAAAUCUAGCGGAUACUCCGUGUGUCGAUGAUUUCAUAUGGCAUUGUUUGUGCGAAAUUGAAGGCCUUCAGCUAACUCACCUAACAGUGGCGUACAGUGAUCGAGUACCAUUAAAGGACCCUGGAAUCAUCCGCUUUCUCAGUCUUCAAACGGAACUUACCCAUUUAGAUUUAACAGCUUCAAUCGGGUUGAACGAUGACUGCUUGCAAACCAUUAUAACGAGCUGCCCGCUGCUGCACACUCUGAAAAUCCGAAGGUGUUGGCUUAUCAGCGACGAAGGUGUUGCCGAUAUGCACACGAUGCAGCAUCUGCAAGUUUUGGACAUAUCAAGCUGUGAACGGAUCAGCGACUAUGGCAUUUCGACCGGAGUGGUCGGAAAACGUCCUAGGGUAGUAACCGAACUGUACCUGAGCUUACUGAACAAUCUAACGGAUUCCACACUGUACUACAUGUUGGUUAGCUUCAAAAACCUGCAAAUAUUGGAGCUGGACAGCACGACGAACUGUGUAACCGAUGAAUCCAUCCAGUACAUUGCGUGCUAUCUGCACGAUCUGAAGCAUUUGAAUGUCACCGCUUGCACGAAGCUACUGGUUCAUAUUUUCAAAUUUUUGUCCAUAAGUGAUCGCAAUGCAGCCAGCUAUACCUGUUCGAAAUGGUACGAAGCUUCCAAAUAUCUUGGUUUUGCUCGGCAGGUGUGCCUUCACCUGAUCGGUGUCGAAUUUGAUGAUUCCAAACCACCGAUCGCGGACCUCCUGUUAAGCCCGCACGUGUUUCCGGUACUUAAGCUGACACGCGUUCGGAUCCAGCAGGCGGUGUACAGUCAGUUCUGGGCCGACUUUGGUCCUUCGAUAGGGGAAAUUACCUUCGAAAAGUGCAUGAUCUGGCGCGAACGAAUCAUCUCAGUGUUCAAGCACAUGAAGAACCUACGGACGGCACGCUUCGUGGAGUGUGAUCUGCUGCGGGACGACCUAUUUCGGGAUUGGAAGUUCUUCGAGAAUGGGCUGCUCGAGAUUCGUUUCGGAAGCGUUACCGCACUGAGUUUGGCGAAGAACAAUUUUACCGAGCUGCAGUUUCGAUCGAUCGUGGAAAUGAUGCCCAAUCUAACCGAGCUGGAUCUGUCGAACUGCUUCAGUUACGUUGACGCGGCAAGCAAAACGCAAAUGUUAAACUGUAUUUCGAACUUCAUCCUGGAACGGCAAUUUCAGCUGAAAAGUUUGAACCUAAGUGCCAUUUCCGUGGAUGAUUUGUUUCUUCGGAAAAUGAAUAAAGCACUGCAACUGCGCUUGGAAGGUCUCUGUUUGACCUACUUAGAAAAGAUGCCACUGCGGGAUGCUGCGAUCAUAAGCUUGCUUCGCCAGCAAAUCGAAUUGCGAACGCUAGACUUGUCUCAGUCCGUUGGGAUAACGGACUACUGCCUGGAUCAGAUAGUUAAAUAUAUGCCUAAACUGAGGGAACUAAAUUUAAGUGGCUGCUGGGGCGUUGGAGACUACGGAGUGUCGCAGAUAUUUCGAUUACAACAAUUGGAAAAAUUAGAUCUGUCAAAGUGCCGCAUCACAAAAAAGGGAAUCCUCGAUGGUGCUUCACUUAGCAAUAAGAAGAACGUCAAAGAGUUCCACCUGGAACAGAUUACCACACUGGAUGAUGAUUGUAUCGUCAAGAUCGGAGCCAACUUUACCAACUUAACUGUGCUGAACCUUGGAGGAACGUCGUCAUGCAUGACCGAUUGGUCGGCACAGUAUAUUUUCUGUAACUUGACCUCGUUGGUGGACGUGAACUUUGAGAGAAGUACUAAGGUAACGUAA